UGUUGUUGUUACAGUGGAGCGGAGCAAGCCACCAAGCAUUUUAUCUUCUGUUGCUUGAUUUAGACAAUGACGCAAAUCAUUAUGUUACUUCUUUCACAACUCUCUUUGACGAAGUGCUCGUGAUGCCAUAUCGAGUUUUAUUGCCUUUUGCAGUUUGUCUUCAGUGGCAUGGAGAAGAUACUACAGUUAAAAACAGCGGAGCUGUUAAUCAGGCUCAAGCACUUGAAAUGUACAACUCAACCCGUAGUGCGCACAGUUAUAAAGGGAGUAGAUGAGAUAGUAGAUCUUGUACUACAACUUAUUGAGGAAAGGUGCACCAGGAAAUGUGGAGAGAAUGGAGCAAUGAGCCCCUCUGAAAUCAACUCUGUUCUUAAUGGCUUUAGAGGAUUUUCAUUGUUUGAAGAGCUAAACUCUGAUGAUAAGAUAGACUCCUUUUUGAAGGCAGAACAUAGUUUGGUCUUCCCUGUUAAAGAAGUUUUCAAGAAAGACAGUAUUGUGCGAGGAAACUGAGACAAAGGAAGUUGAUGUUGACUACGCAUAUUGGGUCCCAUUCCUUCCAUCACUGGAACAGGUGCUCAGCUGCCCAGAAAUUCUUCAAUGUGUGCGCAACCCUCCACCAGUCAAAGAGGGGGUGUUUACUUCACCGUUGGAUGGUUGUUACUAUAAAAACCAUCCUGUAGUAUUAAAAGACCCCCACACUUUGGCAAUUGCUACUUAUGGUGAUGGUGUCUGCAUGACUGAUACAGCUGGCAGCAAAAGCAGCGAAGAGAAUGAAACCCUCAUUUACUGGACUUUACUGAACAUUGACUCUGAGUUACGUUCUUCUGAAGACGCAGUAUUUCUUCUUGGAGUUGUGAAAACAAAAGUUUUGAAGAAGUAUGGUUACAGCAAACUAUUGGCAAACUUUGUGGAAGGGAUGCAGAAGCUCUCCAAUGGCGUGCACUUGAAAAUUAAUGGCCAAGAAACGUUUUUCCAUGGCAUUCUCGUAUUCAACUCUGCUGACCCCCUGCUGCUGCCAGCCUAGGCGGGUUCAAGGAGACACAUUUUGCUGAAAAAUUUUGCCGCCAGUGCCUAGUUUCAACAGAAGACAUGUACAAAAGCUUUGUAGAAUCAGACUUCCCUACUAGAUCCUAUCUUGAACAUUCCAAGCAAGUGGCAGAAGUUGAAGCAUUUAGAAGAACAAAGGACAACAAGGAUGCAAUUGAUCCAUCUAAACAUUACGGUAUCAAUAGCAGAAGUAUGUUUAUGGAUAUUCCACUCUGUGACGUUACAAAGGUAUUUCCCCAGGACCUCAUGCACACAACAAUUGAAGGCACCUUGUCUCUUGAGAUUUGCCUCUUGAUAUCUCAUGCUCUUGAGAGAGGGAAAAUUAGUUUGCCAAGAAUCAAUGAAAGGAUUGCUAAAUUCAGCAAGAAAUUUGGUUGUAACAAACCAGCCAGAAUUGACAAAGACCACAUUGAUAGGAGAAGAUUGCAUCAGACAGCCUCUGAAACCUUAAGUUUGGCUUUCAUGUUACCCUUUGUGUUAAGAAAGAAGAACAUGCUGACAGGGAAGAUGGAAUCUGUUUGUGCAGAAGAAAACUUGAAAUGUUUCAUCAUGAGACUUGAACUACUUGAUCUCCAAAUGAGCAGAGAAAUCACUGUAACUGAUGUGGAAACAAUUCGUGCCAUGACCAACGAGCAUCACUUGAUGUUUCAGCGUCUUUACCCGGGUGAAGAAAUACCCAAAAUGCAUUUUGAAACUCAUUAUGCAUCCCAAAUACUUCUCUUUGGCCCAUUAAGAUACCAUUGGUGCUUCAGGUAUGAAUCAAAGCAUUCUUACUUUAAGAAGCUGUACAGGGCUCUGCGUUCUGUCAAAAAUUUGCCAAGAACUCUUGCUGAAAAUCACCAAAGACAUCAGGCAGCCCUCAUGAUGUUAAGUGCCAAAGGACUUCAAGGGCCAUUCCUGCGAGAAAAUAACUCCUUUGGUGCAUCUGUGGAAAAGCUGCUGAAGGCUGUGCCUGUGACUCAUCAGGAGCUUCUACGUGGAGUGUUUGGUGGCAUUUCCAGUAACACCCCUAUUAAAGUGUUCAAGAGAUGUGUGAUUCGUGGGGUGAAGUACACUAAAGGGUCUGCAAUUAUCAGUGACUUUAAGGAGACCUUGCCAGUGUUUGGAGAAGUGGUAGCAUUUUAUAGACAUGACAAUCAGAAUGCUGUUGUUUUCAAGAACAUGGUAACAAUUUCAUAUGAAGCACAGCUCAAAGCUUUCAAGGUUGGGUUUGUUGUUGGUCCUUUUCAGCUUAAUGUGAUGAAGCUGUCUGACUUUGUGUAUCACCACCAUCUUCCAUUCAUUAAAAGUGUGGGAGCCAACUAUGUAAGUGUCCAAUGCAAAAGUUUCCAUAGAAAAUAAUUAACACAGACAAUAAGACCCGUUUCUUGUGAUUGCUGAACAUAUUUAAUUACUUGUCACAUGUGUACCCAUUAAAAUUGUAUUUGCUGCAAUCGCAAGCAGUUGGAUGAACUAGUGCCAAAGUGUUGAGUUAGUAAUGGACACAAAAUGACUGUAUUUAUGAUUACUUUUCCAAAAAUUGAAUUAAACCCCUAUUAAAAUGUUCAAGAGAUGUGUGAUUUGUGGGGUGAAGUUGAGAGUUCCAUAAAUUUGUUAUAAAAUGAUUUUUCCUAAGAAUAUUUUUCUGUGCUGUUUAUUCAUUUUAUUUUACUUACAUCCAAGAUCAGGAGACUUUCGAUGCGAUAGGGUGAACAAGACAAAUAGACUAUCACACAAAAGUUUGGGGAUGGUUCAAUCAAUCAGCUGGCUUCAUAAAGGUAUUUAUAAUUACAACCAAAACACGACUUCUGAAACAGCAGAAUGCUUUGAAGGUCCCACAGAUGUGACAGAAAAAUGUACGCGCAGCAGAGGGAGC